AUGUCUUACUCCCGAAAGCAAGAGAAGACCUUUGACCUAGUGGAGACCUUGGGACUCACCCCUAACCAGGUGGAGCACCUCCUGCUGGGACUGCUGUGCAUGGAAAAGUGCAAGGUCGAUUGGAGCAAGCUCGCCGAUCUUUGCAAGGUUACACCUUCCUCUGCUAGAACGGUCUUUACCAAGGCCCGACGUCGCCUCGUGAAGUGGGAGGAGAAACCGGCCACUAGGGUGGCCAGGCAGGCUAAGAAGGGGGCCGAGGAAGCCGAGGAAGCCGAGGAAGCUAAAGAGUAUGAGGUCGAUAUCAAGGAUUAUGAUGAGUAUGACGCUGCUUCACAGGCCGACGACAAUGAGAAUUAA